AUGGCUGAAAUUGCGAAAGUAGCUUGUGUUACCGGUGGAAAUGGCUUCCUUGCUUCAACAUUGAUCAAACAACUCCUUGAGAAGGGAUAUGUUGUCAAUGCCACUGUCCGCGAUCCUGGCAACAAAUCAAAGGUCUCUCACCUUAGCAAGCUACAAGAGCUAGGCACUCUCAGGCUUUUCCAAGCAGAGUUGACUGAAGAUGGAAGCUUUGAUGAAGCCGUCAGUGGCUGCUAUUAUGUCUUUCAUGUUGCCACACCUGUGAACCUGUUCUCUAGUGACCCAGAGAAUGAAUUAAUCAAGCCUGCAAUUCAAGGAACCUUGAAUGUAUUGAAAUCUUGCAUCAAAUCUAAUACAGUCAAGAGAGUAAUCCUCACCUCUUCAGCUGCCACUGUAUCCGCUAGCAAUCUUCAAGGAGCAGGCUUUGUACUGAACGAAGAAUCUUGGUCAGAUAUUGAGUUUCUAACCACUGAUAAGCCCCCUACUUGGGGGUACCUAAUGUCAAAAACACUUGCGGAGAAGGAAGCAUGGAAGUUUGCAGAACAGAAUAAGCUUGAGCUAGUCAGCAUAAUCCCUCCUCUAAUUGUUGGCCCUGCACUAAAUGGAGAUAUUCCUCCAAGCUUAGCAAUAGGGUUAUCCCUUCUCACUGGAGAUGAUGCUCGAGUUGGUGGAUUAAAGACAAUACAAAUGCUCUCAGGUUCGAUAUCAUUUACACAUGUUGAGGAUGUGAGCAGGGCUGAGAUAUUUGUUGCUGAGAACGAAUCCGCUUUUGGACGUUAUAUUUGUUGUGCUAUUAAUACUAGUUUGCCAGAGCUUGCAGAGUUCCUUUCAAAGAGAUAUCCACAGUACAAUGUGCCUACUAAUUUCACUGAUGUACCGAAGAAAGCAAGAUUGAGUCUUUCAUCGGCAAAGCUUAUCAGAGAAGGGUUCAAGUUCGAGAAGAAAGAUCUAGGAACAAUUUAUGAAGAUUCCGUUGAAUAUGUGAAGACUGCAGGACUACUACCAAACUAA